AUGGUUCAAGAAAAGUACGUUGUGCCUCUGCCUGCAGCGGGUUGGAGCCCAGCUCAGGAAAAUAAAAAAUAUUUCAAACGUAGUGAACUUGCAAAAAAAGAAGAGGAAGCAUAUUUUGAAAGAUGUGGCUAUAAGCCUAUAAGUGAGAAGCCAUCUGGAGAGAUACAGCCAAAAGAGGAGGACCAGAAACCAUUAACUUCAUCGAAUCCAGUAUUAGAACUUGAACUGGCAGAGGAAAAAUUACCCAUGACUCUAUCCAGGCAAGAGGUAAUCAGAAGAUUGAGAGAAAGAGGAGAACCAAUCAGACUGUUUGGAGAAACUGAUUAUGAUGCUUUUCAACGAUUAAGAAAAAUAGAAAUCCUCACACCAGAAGUUAACAAGGGCUUGAGGAAUGAUCUGAAAGCAGCUUUGGACAAGAUCGAUCAGCAGUACCUCAAUGAAAUUGUGGGUGGUCAGGAACCUGGAGAGGAAGACACACAGAAUGACUUGAAAGUCCAUGAAGAAAACACCACGAUUGAAGAGUUAGAGGCUCUGGGAGAGUCCUUGGGGCAGGGCGAUGAUCACCAGGACAUGGAUAUCAUCACCAAAUUCCUGAAGUUCCUGCUUGGCGUUUGGGCUAAAGAAUUGAAUGCCAGAGAAGAUUAUGUGAAACGCAGUGUGCAGGGUAAACUCAACAGCGCUACGCAGAAGCAGACUGAGUCCUACCUCAGACCGCUUUUCAGAAAGCUCCGCAAACGGAAUCUUCCUGCUGAUAUUAAAGAAUCAAUAACAGAUAUUAUUAAAUUCAUGUUGCAGAGAGAAUAUGUGAAGGCGAAUGACGCUUACCUUCAGAUGGCCAUUGGAAAUGCUCCCUGGCCUAUUGGAGUCACCAUGGUUGGUAUCCAUGCCAGAACUGGCAGGGAAAAGAUUUUUUCCAAGCAUGUUGCACAUGUAUUAAAUGAUGAAACUCAGCGGAAAUAUAUUCAGGGACUGAAGAGGCUGAUGACCAUUUGCCAGAAGCACUUCCCCACAGAUCCGUCAAAAUGUGUGGAGUACAAUGCCCUGUGAGGCCCACAUGCAGUGCGCAGACAACAGUUAGGGACUAAGGAGGCAGUGCACAGACUUUUGCGUCCCCAGCAGGAGUGAAGGGGAAGAAACUGGAGCUUCCGGUCUCGGAAUUCUGUCUACAGAACUGUGCUGGCUCUCACAUCUGACUGCAAACUGAUUUUUGUGUCUUGCUUUCAUUUUAAGUUAUGAAAAAUUAAGUUCUAAAGACUUACCCCACAACUUAAGUAUGCAGACUGCGGUAACGGGGAUUUGAAAUGACUGACCUGAAAGUUGGUGGUAAAUAAUUAAAAAGGAUGGACUUAAUUUUUUUAUGAUUUGCACACACUCUUAUGUACUAUUUAUACAACAUAUUUUUGUAUAUUUCAACAAAAAUGGAUCCAUUGAGAUUUUAACCUUUGCCGUCUUGCAGUAUAAUGUAAAUGUUGGUACUGUUUGCUUACAUAUUAUUUUUCUUGUGUUUCAAAGCUUGGCUUUAUCGUCAAGAGUAUACAUCAUCGUAUUUGUCAUCUCAGGAAAGAAGAGAAUUAAUAGGAAACUCAAGUGUAAAAAUGAAGGCAGCAUAUCAUAGCAGCAUACAUUCCGAACAAAGUUAACACCCAGCGCAUCCAGUUCCGGGUGAGGACACAGGCGGGAGGAACUUCAGUGGACCAUGUCCCAGCCACCCUGCGCCAGAGCAGGGCGGGACCAGGACUGCCGUCCCUGCGGCCAGCAGACGGCUCCAGCUUGUCUUGCAGCAGCAUCCUUUGACCACUGUAACCAGUCAUGCCUCAGGAGCCGAGAAGGCUUGAGUUCUGCAGUGAGUUGAUAGGAUGCUGCCAGACCAGCAGGACAGCAUCAGCUGGGAAGAGUGGAGUCCUGAAGUCAGAACCAGCAGCUUCCCUCUCAGCAGCCGGCGUAAUA